UCUCUCUCCCUCUCUCUCUCCAUCUCUCCCACCUUCCCUCUCUCCACUGACGUCGACGCUGCCCUCUCCGUCGGGGUCACGGCGCGUGACGUCACCGGGAAUGGUGGCUUGAAAGUGGCUGAGCUUACGUCGGACCGCACUCUGCAGCUGCAGCAAUGCAGCAGGUGCAUCACUGCAAGCAGCUGCUGGACCAGCUGCAGCGCCAGCGCAUGGACGGCUUCCUAUGUGACUGCACUGUCAUCAUUGGCCAGUUGCAGUUCAAGGCUCACCGGAACGUUCUCGCUGCAUUCAGCAACUACUUCCGAGCCGUUUGUGGGCACUCGCUGGACACCGAUGUUGUGUUCCUUGAUCACAACCGCGUCAGCUCAGAUGGGUUUCAGAAGCUGCUGGACUUUGUGUACACUGGCAACAUCCACAUCGAUGGAUGCAAUGCUGCCGCGAUCCAGGCAGCUGCUGGUUACCUGCAGAUGGAGGAGGUACUGAGAAUAUGUGAAGCAAAGAUGGAGCCGCUUGUUAACCUGGACACUGUUGUGAAAGCGCCAUCUGACUUGCAGGUGAAUGCAGAGCCAGGUAGCUACUUCCCCUCGGCAGGGACAAAGGUGGACAUUGUACAGCAAGGACCAGCAUCAUUGCUUGGCUGUGAAGAAGGUCUGUUGCCUGUUCCUCAAGUUGAUUGUGAUCUCAAAAUAGAGGAAUUACAAUUACAUUCAAAAAGCUUGGACACAUUGUCAGGAAGCAGAGAAACAAAGGAAGAAAAGGCUGACCUCAACCUGAUCCUGCAAGUGAGUGACAUCAGUGAACUGAAGUGUACAAGACUUAAAUCAAGAAGUGUCUGCAGCAUGAGGAAACCCGAGAGGAGAGUGAAUUAUGUGAGCACUCCACAGUCAGACACGAUCAACACUGUCCACCCAUCUAAUGCUGUUUCGCACUCCAUCUUGUGUAAUGACUAUCAAAGUAUUUUUACUGAAAGCAUAAUGGUUCAGAAGACAAAUGGGAAGCAGAAUCGGAGACGCUUGCAACGAAACGGCUCGUUAUCGGAAAAGAGUAAAUCGAGACUGUCCGGUGGACAUGGCUGUGCUGAGUCGGAACACAGCAGGAAGCACCUGAAGCUGAGGCCCAUCUGUACCAUGUGCGGCAAGGUCUUCUCUGAAGCCAGCAGCCUACGGCGACACAUGAGGAUUCACAAAGGACUGAAGCCCUAUGUGUGUCAGCUGUGUGCAAAGGCAUUUACUCAAUGCAACCAGCUGAAAACUCACGUCAGAACCCAUACAGGUGAGAAGCCCUAUCAGUGUGACAUGUGUGAUAAAAGCUUUGCUCAAAAAUGCCAGCUAGUCUUCCACAAUCGCAUGCAUCAUGGCGAAAAAAAGCCAUACUCUUGUGACGUUUGCAACUUGCAGUUUGCGACUUCCAGUAACCUCAAAAUCCAUGCCAGGAAGCACAGUGGGGAGAAGCCAUAUGUUUGUGACCGUUGUGGACAGCGCUUUGCUCAGGCAAGCACACUCACAUAUCACGUCCGACGUCACACGGGAGAGAAACCCUACAUCUGUGAUACCUGUGGAAAGGCUUUUGCUGUCUCCAGUUCUCUCAUCACGCAUUCACGCAAACACACAGGUGAGAAGCCAUAUAGCUGUCGCUCAUGUAAUAAGAGCUUCAUUUCUUCAGGAGAGCUGAAUAAACACACCCGAUCGCACACAGGUGAAAAACCGUUUGUGUGCGAAUUGUGCGGGAACUUGUACUCUGAUGUGAAGAAUUUAAAGAAGCACAACAGUAAAGAGCAUGCUGUGAAGAGGACAGACAGGAGCGAUCCAGGAGCUGACUUUAUUGAGCAUGAGCCUCACGAGGAUUCUGAGCUGAACUUACCGCUCAGUGUGGCUGCGGGAGCGGGAGCGGACCAGCAACAAAUGUUGCUUCCCAUGAGCGAUGGACCAUCACUAUCCACAGAGCACCUACUGCGACCACCCACGUAUCCAGAGACACAACUCAUCUUCUUCCAGCAGCUCUACUGACUGUUCCUGCUCACCACAGACAGAGCAAGUGAGAGAGGAAAGAGUAAAAGGGGGCAGAAAGGAGAGGUGAGGCAAGAGAGAGAGAGAAAACUAGUGUUACGAGAGAGUUGAUAUCCGCAGAAGAUAGAAAAAACAUGGAGGAAGAGAGAGAUUGGGAUGAGGGGCAGAGUGGUGAGGCUGAGGGGGAGAGU